UUCGCUUUGUUAGGGAAUGGAGAUGCGAAGCCGCGAAAGAGUCCCUGUUCUUAUGGCGGGCGGGGAAGGGGAGCUUCCCCUGUGAAGGCGGCACUGGCUCCCCUUUUCUUGCUUUUCCCCCGCGUCUAUCCUUUAAGUUUAUAUUAUAUCCCGCUUUCUCUUCCUUCAAGUGUUCAAGGGGGUUUUCAUAGCAUUCCCUCCUGCUCAUUUCCCCGCACAACAACCCUGUGAGGAGCCCCUGGCAAAAUGGCAGAAUGUUCAGCUCUUCAGUUUGUCAGCCCUUACGCCUUCGAAGCCAUGCAGAAGGUGGAUGUGGUGCGUUUAGCGGCGUUGAGUGACCCGGAGCUCCGAUUGUUGCUGCCUUGCUUGGUGAGAAUGGCCUUGUGCGCCCCAGCUGACCAGAGCCAGAGUUGGGCCCAGGACAAGAAGCUCAUCCUCCGCCUGCUUUCGGGGGUCGAAGCCGUAAACUCCAUUGUCGCUUUGCUCUCUGUGGAUUUUCAUGCUCUGGAACAGGAUGCGAACAAAGAGCAGCAGCUGAGACAUAAGCUAGGUGGAGGCAGCGGAGAGAGCAUUUUGGUGUCCCAGCUGCAGCACGGCCUGACUCUGGAGUUUGAACACAGCGAUUCCCCCCGGCGGCUCCGUCUUGUGCUGAGUGAGCUGCUGGCAAUUAUGAAUAAGGUGGCCGACUCCACUGGUGAAUUUUUUUUCAAAUCCCCAGAGCUGUUUGAGAGCCCAGUUUAUUUGGAAGAGGCGGCAGAUGUCCUCUGCAUUUUGCAAGCAGAACUUCCUUCGCUGUUGCCUAUCAUUGACGUGGCUGAAGCUUUGCUCCACAUGAAGAAUGGAGCUUGGUUCCUCUGCCUUUUAGUCGCCAACGUCCCGGACAGUUUUAAUGAAGUAUGUAGGGGCUUGAUUAAGAACGGUGAGAGGCAAGAUGAAGAGAGCUUUGGAGGCCGUCGCAGGACCGAUGCUCUGCGUCACCUUUGCAAAAUGAACCCUUCCCAGGCUCUGAGGGUCCGUGGCAUGGUGGUGGAGGAAUGUCACUUACCAGGACUUGGUGUGGCUUUGACUCUGGAUCACACCAAGAAUGAGUUUUCGGAGGAUGGUGUCAGUGACCUGGUGUGUUUUGUGAGUGGCUUGUUGCUUGGAACGAACGCCAAAGUUCGGACGUGGUUUGGAACUUUUAUCCGGAACGGUCAACAGUGCAAACGGGAGAGCAUCAGCUCUGUCCUUUGGCAGAUGAGGAGGCAGCUGCUGCUUGAACUAAUGGAGAUCCUGCCUACCGUCCGCAGUUUGCACAUCCCCGAGGAGGCCGAGCCAGACAUGGAACCUAACAUCUCGGUCUAUUCUGGGCUGAAGGAGGAACAUGUUGUCAAGGCCAGCGCCCUCCUGCGCCUCUACUGUGCUCUGAUGGGCAUCGCCGGCUUAAAACCGACGGACGAAGAAGCAGAACAGCUACUUCAGCUCAUGACCAGCCGCCCACCAGCCACUCCGGCGGGAGUCCGCUUUGUGUCGCUCUCUUUCUGCAUGCUGCUUGCUUUCUCCACGCUGGUCAGCACCCCAGAACAGGAACAGCUGAUGGUGAUGUGGUUGAGCUGGAUGAUCAAGGAAGAAGCUUAUUUUGAAAGCACUUCUGGAGUUUCAGCUUCCUUUGGUGAGAUGCUAUUAUUGGUCGCCAUGUAUUUCCAUAGCAACCAGCUCAGUGCUAUCAUCGAAUUGGUGUGCUCUACUUUGGGAAUGAAGAUCAUCAUCAAACCCAGUUCUCUGAGUCGCAUGAAAACCAUCUUCACCCAGGAGAUUUUCACUGAACAGGUGGUGACCGCUCACGCGGUGCGGGUGGCCGUGACGAGCAACUUGAGCGCCAACAUCACGGGCUUCCUGCCCAUCCAUUGCAUUUACCAGCUUCUCAGGAGCCGUUCGUUCACCAAGCACAAAGUCUCCAUCAAGGACUGGAUUUACAGGCAACUGUGUGAAACCACAACGCCCCUCCAUCCACAGUUGCUCCCACUCAUCGAUGUGUACAUAAACUCUGUUCUGACACCUGCCUCCAAAUCCAACCCAGAAGCCACCAACCAACCCAUCACGGAGCAGGAAAUCUUGAAUGUUUUCAAAGGACUGACCGGGGGAGGAGAAGCUGCUCGGCUGAAUCCCCGUUACGGAAUCACAGCCCAGCUGUUGGUCCUGUACUACAUCCUGUCUUAUGAAGAAGCCAUCCUGGCCAGUUCAAAGUCUUUGGCUGCCAUGCAAAGAAAGCCCAAGUCUUACUCCCCCGCGCUGAUGGAUCAGAUCCCGAUUAAAUUCCUCAUCCGGCAGGCUCAAGGACAGCAGCAAGAAUUGGGAGGUUUGCAUUCUGCCCUGCUGCGCCUCCUGGCAACCAACUAUCCCCACCUUUGCAUCGUGGACGACUGGAUCUGUGAGGAACACAUCACGGGCACCGACGUUUUGCUGCGCAAGAUGCUCCUGACCAACGCUGCCAAGAAACACUCCCCAGAGCAACUGCAGGAAGCUUUCUCAACGCUGCAAGGGAAUCACACUCAGGUCCUGCAGAUUUUGGAGCACUUAACGCUUCUCUCGGCUGCCGAAUUAAUCCCUUACGCCGAGGUGCUGACAUCUAACAUGCACCAACUGUUCCAUCCUGGAGUCCCCCGGCGAAUCCUUCAAACGGUCAACAGGAUUUGGAUGGCGUUGAACAUGGUGAUGCCACGCAGGUUGUGGGUAAUGACAGUGAAUGCCCUGCAGCCGUCCGGCAAAACGGUCAGACAGCAGAAGUACACCCAGAAGGACCUUCUCAUUGACCCCCUGAUUGUGUUAAGGUGUGAUUCGAGGGUUCACAGGCACGACAUUUCAAAAAUUGUGUUGUGUCCAGGUGGUAUGAUAUUUGCUAUCCAGUUGCUUUCUUACUUGUGCAUUCAGUACGCGCUACCCAAGUCUCUCAGCGUGGCACGUUUGGCUAUCAAUGUCAUGGGGACCCUGCUGACAGUUCUGACGGAGGCCAAGCGUUACACGUUUUUUAUGCCUACCCUGCCCUGCCUGGUCUCCUUCUGCCAAGCCUUUCCUCCCCUGUACGAAGACAUCAUGUCCCUGCUCAUCCAAGUUGGGCAAGUUUGUGCUUCCGACGUUGCCACAGAAACAAGGGAUUUUGAUCCGAUUAUUACACGCCUCCAACAACUGAAGGAAAAGCCUACGGAACAGACGAAACUUCCCACGACUCACAAAACUGGAGGCGGGACCCCUAGCGCAGACCCCAACGUCCAACUCUGUCACUGCAUUGAAAAUACCUUCGUUGAAAUAAUUAACAUGAGCGUCGGGGCCGUUUAAGCACCUCCGGAUGGGCCAGGCUGUUGCAAAACCGCAGGAUAUUACGUGGAUUUUUUUUUAUUGUUAUUAUUUUUUGCCAAAGUAAAAACGGAGGAUUGUCUGGAAAUGCGUGGAACGCUUUUUUUCACCUCUGCGGCAUGAGCCGCAAGUCAACAACCGCUGCUUUCCGAGAAAGCAUCUCUAGACUGGGGUGAUUAAGAUCUGUUUUCUCCAGCCAGGUCCUCUUCUGACAGCCACCCUGGCUGGAGAUUCUGAGAAGAGGAGGAUGGGUCAAACGGCAGGGAAGGCUGGUACGGGGUCAGGCUUUUCCUGCGGCAGGAAUCCAGGUUUCCUUGCAUUUCAAAGAGGAAGCCAGACCAACAAAGAUUGCCAAUGGGUCAUGUAACAUCGUUUGGAGAAUUGGAUUCACCUUUUGUAAAAAAAAA